UGUAGAUGAGAGUCGAAAGGUGUUUCCCCCAUGUACAUCUUGUAUUGAUUUGUUAAUAAUUUUUUUUAAAGAGCCGAAGGGUGCUUUUUUUUCUUCCCUGUCAGCAAAAGGGAUGACAAUUAGUUGUGAUGUAGGCAUAUUCAUCUGUGUUAGUUUCUUUUUUAAAUUUUAAACCUAGGACUGAUUUACACUGUUAAUCUUUUUUUGAAUCCCUUUUUACCGUUUCAGUGGAGGGAGGUGGGGUAAGAGAGCGGGGUGGGGUGAAGGGGAGAGAGCCGGGUGGAGGGGAGAGACCCGGGGGGUGACUGGAACCAAUAGCGUGCAACAUCCUGCUAAUAUAAAGAACAAAAAAAAAAAACGACUCUUGAAAAACAAGAGCUGGGGAGCCAAGCUGAGGUAACUCGCCGGGUCUGUAGGAAGAAUCCUGACAACAGAAAUCGGGGAAACGAAUGAGAAAGCAAUCGAUCACAGCCUAUUGAGCACCAAAUUGUCAUUCUAUUUAAACGUUGACAAAAGUACACAGAUGGACAACAGAAAUGCCCCUGAAGAUAAACCUGUCCAGCGCUCCAAAUCCUUCAGCUUCAAGACACCGAGGGAGGUGUGCUCGUCAUGUGAGAAGACCGUCUACCCCAUGGAGAGAUUGGUGGCUAACAACCUGAUAUUCCACUCGGCCUGUUUCUGCUGCAAACACUGCAACACCAAACUCAGCCUGGGCACAUUUGCUGCCCUUUCGGGUGAUUUCUACUGCAAGCCGCACUUCCAGCAGCUCUUCAAGAGCAAAGGCAACUAUGAUGAGGGCUUUGGCCGCAAGCAGCACAAGGAGCUUUGGACCUCCAAGGAGGGCGAGAACAUAACAAAGACUGCGUAGCCACGCCUGUCUGUGUCCCAACCGUUCUCCCACGGGAAAGGCUAUACGGACACUCCUGACCUGCAAACCGACUUUUAUUUUCAGAAUUGGUAAAGGUCAGGGUUAGUUUUAGAUUUUGGGUAGUUUUGCAGGUCAGCAGUAUCCUCCUGGUAUUUCCCAUCUCAUCCCCAAAGCUGCCUCUUCUCCACCUCCAACAUGUCAUGAGGGGUGUGGUCAACGCUCCUGUACGCUCGCUCCACAUCACGGAAGACAGACACAUGACCGGCCAGUCACGCCCCCUGCCGCUUGACAUUUUAUUUAGUGGGGUGUUUAUUCCUUUCAUUUGGUUUUAGUAUCAUUUUUAUUUUACAUUUGCUCUUUUGAAAUGGUUGAUUGUGACCAAACUGCUUAUUCACAAACCAGUGGUAUGUUUUUGCUGUCCUUUUGAGGACUACAUUAUCAUUGUUUUCUUGUUUAUUUUUCGGAUAAAUUUGCACCCUUUUGACGCAACAGGCGCAAGGACCGUAUGCUCAGGUGAACAUAUGGUUAGAGAAGCUGGAGUUCACUCUACGCUGUAGAGCAUAUUCAGGUCAACCAUACUGAGCUAGGUUCAUUAGCUAGUUUGUACUAUUUUAUGACCUCUUUAGUUCCAUAUAGUCAAUUAAAUCUAACACCAAUUUUUAAAGACCAGUCCUCUGCAUUGCGGUAGCACCGGCGGAAGACAAUUUGUGAGUUUGUCAGGGUUCACUUAUCUGAGAAACAAACACGGUACAGUAAAACUGUCACACGUUCUCUCUCUCUCUCUGGGUACAUUGAGUUGAACUCUGUCUUAUUGUUCAAAUGUGUUUUUGCUCCUAUGAUCUGAAUGGCUGCUAGGAUUCAGUUCUGCAUGUUUGUCCUGUACGAGUUUUAGCUGUAUUACCUUUGGUCUGUACUGCCCUCCUGUGUUCUGGAUGACUUUUUAAAACUAAUCUGCUUCAUUGACUCUUAAUUUCACUUUACUGGUUUUAAAAUGCACUCUUUGCUAUUAUUUGCUGGGUUUGACUGUCGUGCGAUAAGUUGCUCUCCCUCGUAGAGGCUUUUUUGUCUUUAUUCUGAAAAUGACAAGUAUCUCAUAGGUGUUUGUACAUAGCUUGUGCUUAGUGAACAUAUCGCACUAUACUGUGCACAUAUGAACAUGCAUGUCAACCAGACAAGUCAAUGUUAGAUUGACAGGGAGCAUAGCCUAACAGGAAACCACAAGUGUCACGCUAAUAUCCCUUGCUGCUUCCUGUCCAUGCAGAGCUGUCUGUUCAUGUACUAAGUUGGUGUGUAAAACUAAGCGGGACUUUCGGAUCUUUCAAGACAACUGUGAACUCUGGUGGGGGAACAAUGUCAAAUCCUGAUGUCUGUGAUCUGCCAGUUGGGAAAGUCGGCAUUAGAAAGAGGCCAGGGUUCCUGACGCAGAAUUAUGAGUUGGGUGACCGUUUGGGGGGAAAAAAAACGGAUGGGAUUUUUUUUAUUUUUCUGAGUUCCCGGUUGUCUUGAAUGCUCGAAAGUCUGAGAAUUCUGUGUUCUGAAUGCGGCAGAAAUUCACAUAGGACUGGGAUGUCCUGACGGGGCUACAAGUGAAAUCACAUAAUGUAAAAAAAAUAAUUAUUGUGCUUCUCCAAUGACAUCACGUCUGCGAAAAUAUAUCUAAUAUAAAUUGGGGGGGGGGGGAUAAAUACCUCAUGGCUUUCUUGUCUCGACUGCAUCAUGUGAUUCUGAGCAGAGGUAGUGGAUUUAUGAAGAGCGUUCACUUCAGGCCGUUUACUGGGGGGAGGGGGGAAUUGUCAGUUUCAGUCUGCUGAACAUGGUGGAUCUCCCAUCGACACCAAUGUGAUAGAUAGCAGCUGGGUCUGGUCUACUUUAUUGACUAAUGUAACCAGAAAGAUAGAGUGGGAUGUCUCGCUGCUUCUUCAUCUCUGAUUUUGAGCUCCAGGACCUAGUACUAUAUGAGGGGUGGGUGCUAACAGGGAAUGUUGUUGGUCCUGGGGCAUGUUCAGGGGAAUUCCUACGCAGUGAGUAAAGCCCAGGCCUAGUGCCCUGAACCUGAGUAGCGCCUCCUGGUGGGAGAAGAGGUAGGAAAUGCUUGAGUCAGUUCAGCCAGACCCAGUAAAGGCUUGAGAUAUUACAUAUCACACAAUUGUCAAUGAACACGUUUGCCCUCAGUCAUUUCUUCUUUAUAGCUUUUAUUCACUUUUUAAGAUGUGGGAGUGGCCUCGGGAUGAAAGGGUUGUGCUACAGGUAUUUUUAGGUUGGCCUGUUCUACAGCGACACCUGCUUUGGCCAACAAACUCAAUAGACAAGAUUUCUAUUUUCUUCAUUCUUGCUUUAGAAUGAGACUAAAGCCAUUGAAUUACAUCAUUUGGAAAGUAUUCAAUGCCACAACACUUGAAUGACACAAUGUAUAUUGUGAUGGAAAGUUUACUGUGAAUUAUAAACUGGGUAGUUCGAGCCCUGAAUGCUGAUUGGCUGAAAGCACGGGUAUGACAAAUCAUUUAUUUUUACUGAUCUAAUUACAUUGGGAACCAGUUUAUAAUAGCAAUAAGGCGCCUUGGGGGUUUGUGCUAUGUUGGGCAUAUACUACACCUCCUCGGGCUUCAUUGCUUAAUCAGAGCAUGCUGUGCAGAAUAGAAAAUAAAGCCUUAGGCCAUGGUUUUAGCCAUUUAUUUCUAACAUUAUUGCUUUUUCAAAACAAUUUUGUUAUUUUUUUUGAGUGCACAUACCUUUCUCCCUGUUCCAGCCUAUCCCCUGUGAAUGAAAAUAAUCUUUCUGCUUGUUUUCCACUUAGUCCGUGUGGUGGAUAUGAGUGGCUUCACUCAGCCAGAAGUUUAUGUACCCGCUCAUCCUCCACUCUCUGCUGAAUGCUUUUCAUUUUUUCAUUACAUUUCCUCAAGUUGUAAAGUUAUCUAUUUGUUUUUAAGAUUUUGUAACGGUCCUCGAGACCACCCAGAAUGCUUUGUAACCAAGAACAUCAUAUCAAAUAACACUGUGUCCAUAUCGUCUGUUAUGUGUGAGGAGUGUGCCAAGGUACAAUGGCGUUAUCCUGUGAAUAAACUUUCUUUGUAUAGAGACAAAAAGAAAGAAGGUGCACUUCCAUACUGGUGCCAGGAGGCUCAGGUCUCUGAGAGCUGUGUGACUGUGUGUUCUGCGAGUCAUGUAGUUGUGUGCAAAAUUGGAUGUAGACUUAACAUUUAUUUUUCAAUGCAGGUGUCACUGUUGUCAAAAUGUAAAUGUAUGCAUUUAAAAACAAAAACAUUCUGUAUAACUUGACCUGUGGAUGGUGGCCUUACAAGCAAAAGGACGUUUUGGCUCUUACUCGUCUUUCACCUCUACUCUCCUCUCCUCUCUUCUUUUGAAUUAUUACUCCAGUUAAAUUGUGUUGUAGAAGAACAUGAUUAUAGAUAAUGUGAUUUGUGUCCCCUCCCUCCCCACCCACACAUGCACACAAUCAAAUGUAUUUUAUCUGAUCAUUUUCUUUCAGUAGUUUAUUAAUUUUUUUUUACAUGCUUUUGGAAAAAUAAAUGAAGAUGCUGGUGUUGA